GUUUGUGUAAACAUGUCUCUGGCUAAGCACACAGCCUUAUUAAGUCAGUCGUUGGUGAGAAGGUGGGUGCAAUCACCAGCAUGGAGUGCUUGCUUGAUCCACACAUCCUCCAGCCUGGAAGCAGCCAGGAAAGGAACAAGAGCCAAGGCAGAAGCCAAGAAAAAGUCUGCCAAAAAGGAGGAAAUAAAACGUGAAUUCAUUCCCCUCAAGAAACGACUGGAGAUGCAGCAGACUGGGGGAAGGUCUCCUCGCCGUGUAGAGGACCAUUUGCCAGAACCCUUUGAUAAUGUUUGGUUCACAAAGUACUACAAGUGGAAGGUAUACAGUGUAUGUGAUGCUAUUGCCAUGCACAGAGAAACACACCAUCCUUCACAGAUAGGGCUUCCAGAUGGUCUUGUCAAUGCUUAUAUUGAACUCUCUUUAUCAGCAGAUAAAAAGAAUCGUUACCUCGACAACUUCUUCAAUGUGGUUCGGCUCCCUCACGACUUUGACGCGGAGCAGAGUCGAUCCCUGAUUGUGGUAUCCAAAAACGAGGAGAUGAUCAACUAUGCCAGAGAAGUCGGCGUGACUCUCGCCAUUGGCCCAGAGAUCGUCAAGCUUGUGCAGACUGGUGAGAUAAACCUGCUAGAUUAUGAAAACAUAGUAGCUGACACAGAGCUGCUCCCAGAUUUGGUUCCUUUAAGAGGACUCAUGAAGAAAAGAUUCCCCAAUGUUAAGGCUGGAACAGCUGGUACUAACCUGGUUCCUAUUAUUGAUCGUUUUGUGAAGGGCGUUGACUACAGAACGGUUAAGAAUAAGCACCAUCAAGAUUUUGGAUAUAUUGUAGCACCUUUUGGCAGAUUAAGUAUGACAGACGAGCAGCUGGAGGAGAAUUUAGCUUCAUUAAUUAAUGAUGUGGAGAAACAGCGGCCUCAGAGGAAGUCGGAUAACCUUGUUACCAUGGUUGUUGUUCGAAGUCCACCCAGUGUUGAGCAAUUCAAGAUAGAUCACUCACUGUAUCUGCAGGUCGAAGAGAAGUCAAAGGUUGCAGCAAGAGCUUGAUUGUGAAAUAGAAGAUAUCUUGGCACAUGGAAAUAAUCUCAGAUUCUAAAUAUUAAAGGAAUUUUAUGAUAUUCAUUUUGGGUGAUUAGUGUUCCAUGAUCAAAUAUACCAUUGUAUAGUGUAAAUAAAAUGACAAAUUAA